AGCGACCACCCCCAUAAGGGUAGGGUGGCAGCCACCAAGUCGGCGAGAGGGUCUACAUCAAAGAAAACUGACACGGAUUACGUGAUGGCGGAGAAGGACGGGCAGCGGGUCGAUGGAGAAGAGGUUAUCCUUUCGCCGCGAAAGCGGGGAGUCAAGAAGUUCUUAAUGAAGAGUUCGAUGGACGAGAUUGACACGGUCGAGCCACUGAGGCGGGCCCUUCGACAACCCAUGCAGUGCUCUAUUCUGGAGUACCUGGCGGCAUCGAAGCCAGCUCGUGAUGAGUUACAGAUGAUCAUACGGAAGACUCGCAUACCUCUAUCGGAGGAGGGUCAGGGGGCCCCUAAGGCGGAAGCUUCUAUAGUAGCAGUAACAUGGGUGACUGCCAGAGCGAAUCGCAUGGCGACAGUCCUUCUUGAUGGAAUGGAAGGUGUGCCUCCAGACAAGUUUUAUAUACUUGAUAGCGGGGCCGUGGAGACGAUUAUAAACGAUGGAGCGGUACUCGAUGCUGUGAUUGAUAACGGCAGUGAGGCUGUCAUCAUAGACGAGGACCUGGCGGUACAAGUUGGACUGGGCCUCGAUAGGUCAUACCUAUUCGAGAUAGAGACGGCUGACGGGAGAAAGCAACAGAUCACUGGGGUUUGUCACAAGGCAACCAUAGAGGUCGAAGGGGUACGAGUGACUCUGCCUGUCUUUGCAGUCAAAAACUGCAGCUCCGACCUGCUCUUAGGUCGAACGUGGUUGAGCCACGUGCAUGCGGUGACGAUAGAGCGACCUGAUGGGAGCCAAACAUUGUCCAUUAAGAAGCCAGACGAGACGCGGGUAAUGAUUGAGACAGUGGAGCCUCGAGACCCGAGGAACAGAGCAGCUCUAGCAGUGGGUACAAGACCCGGUGAGCAGAUUAAGUCGUUGCCUAUCUCCAGCCGCGCGGUGCGAUUUCGCGAGAGGAAAUAUGGACCACUGCUCACAGAGGAAGAAGGUCGGAUGGUGGAGGUCGAAGACUUAGGGAGUCGGCUAAUAGUGGACGGCAACUCGUACCCAAAGGAAAAAGAUGAGGAAUUUGGCGGUGUGAUAUCCGUGUCUUUUUUAAGGGCACGGCCCCCUAUGGAGGGCUACCCAAGCGACACAAACGAGUAGCGCAAAAAGUUAAGCCAUCGGCGGU